GUCCCUCCCCAGUUAGAUAUAGGGAUGCAGCUUUUGGUGAUGGAAUUUCAGCUUUGUGGUUGGCACUGAUGAAUGCAUAAAAGUAGUUUUGGGGCUGCUGGUUGCCCAUUCCUGACUUAAAAGGGCAGAAACCCUUUUCCCAAUACAGCGGUGCAGCCCUUAAUAGAGGCCAUAUUCACUUCAGCAGUAGCCAGCCCAGAAAUACUUCUAAAGUCAGGGUAAUUCCCCUAAUAACUUUAUGCCUGCAGUGGACCUGCACCCUUAGAUAUGAUGCUUUGGAAGAGUGGCAGGCUUCUUAUGUGUAUGUUUUGCUGGAGAACAUGGCCUGGGAUGGCCUAUAGUAAUCUAGAAUAUUAGAUGUUCUGCAGAAGGAUGAUCUUGCAGCCGUCCUUGCCUGAUUUAAUUAAUUCAUUCAUUGCCCUAAUUAAAACCCUCUUGCUUCCAGUCAAACCAGCCUGGAGGGUUCUGGGUGUGGUUCCUGCAACUGUUGCCAAGACAUUGUGGUUUUCCCAGACUUGUGGGCUCCUCUUCGUUAUGUCUUUGUCACCGGAGCAAGCCAUCUUCCAUUCCAGUCGCUUUCUCAUUGAAGAGGGGAAACACCGGUCCCCAAGGAUGAAAUUUAAAGAAAUAUUUUUUUGUUCUUAAUUAAGUGAUUAUUGUGCCGUGUCUUUCUCUCUCCUCCUCUCUCCCCACCCUCCUCCCCCAAAUGGGCAACAUGCUCUGUCUGCUCCAACAGCUGAAAGGAUCUCUUUGCAGUUUUCUCCAACCUGAGUCCCAGAACUGCCUUCUCAGGAUAUUUUAAUCCCAUUGUGAGCAAGAGGGAGGCCUGAGUCAGGCACACGUUGUGAAACGAGUGGUCGUGGCCUGGCCUGGAAACUGUGUUGCAAUCCCAGAGCUGAGAAAAACCUCAUGUGAGUCAGCACACGGAGCAAGUUGCAGCAAGCCAUCAGGACGGCGAAGAUUUAAUUUGGGGCUGCCUCCGCCUCAAACUCUGAAGGAGAAACUCGCUUUCUGCUUUCUUGCACUUGGAGUAUCCAGAGUCUCUUCUGGAAACGGGGGGACUAUGUUUCGCAGUGAGGAGAUGUGCCUGGCCCAGCUCUUCUUGCAGUCGGCUUCAUCCUAUGCUUGUGUUAGCGAAUUAGGCGAGCGAGGCCUUGUGGAGUUCCGUGAUCUGAACCCUCAUGUCAGUGCCUUCCAGCGGCGCUUUGUGGGAGAGGUACGGCGUUGUGAAGAAAUGGAGAAAACUUUCACUUUUUUGGCCCAGGAAGUGCAGAAAGCUGGACAGUCCCUGAAGCCUCCAGAGGACAAUCUGCCAGCGCCCCUGGCCCGCGAGGCCCUGCGUAUCCAGGAGCAGUCCGAGAGCCUGGCACAGGAGCUGCGGGAAGUGAGCCACAACCGGGAGGCCCUGGUUGGUCAGCUGCAGGAGCUGCGGGAGCAUAUUCAAGUGCUGCAGGAGGGCCAGCGCUUCACUGGCCAAUUGCAGGUGCCCCUCGAUUCGCCUGUCCGCUCUCGUGCUUUCUCUGAAAGAGAUCCUCUGCUUGACCCCUCUGUGCUGCAGCGCCCUGACCUCAGAAUCAACUUUGUGGCAGGUGUGAUACACCCGUGGCGGGUGAAUUCCUUUGAACGGCUGCUGUGGCGCGCCUGCCGGGGCUACCUUGUCCCUCAUUUCACAGAGAUGACAGAGCCUGUUGAAAACCCGUCCACGGGGGAAAGCAUCACCUGGGUCAUCUUCCUCAUCUCCUACUGGGGUGAACAGAUUGGGCAGAAAAUCCGUAAGAUCGCCAACUGCUUUCACUGCCACCUGUAUCCAUAUCCUGAGAAUGAGGCUGGGCGCACGGAGACCUUGCGUGGGCUGCGCAUUCAAGUGGAAGAUCUGACCAUAGUAUUAGGCCAAACAGAGCAAUACCUGGACCAGGUGUUGCAAAAGGUACUUUCAGUUCUACCUGCUUGGCAAGUACAGAUCCAGAAGAUGAAGGCCAUCUACUUUAUCCUCAACCAGUGCAGCUUCAGCAUCACUGAUAAGUGCCUCAUUGGCGAGGUGUGGUGCCCUGUCCGUGACCUUCCCGCUGUGCAGCUGGCCCUGCGCGAGGGAUCACAUCGCAGUGGUUCUGGAGUGGAGUCCUUUGUCCAGCGGAUUAUCUGCACCGAGAGCCCCCCAACUCUCAUUCGCACCAAUAAGUUCACUGCUGGCUUCCAGAACAUUGUUGAUGCCUAUGGGGUGACCAGCUAUCAAGAGGUGAACCCAGCUCCUUACACCAUCAUCACUUUCCCUUUCCUCUUCGCCGUCAUGUUUGGGGAUGUUGGCCACGGACUGCUGAUGUUCCUCUUUGCCCUUUGGAUGGUCCUGUUUGAGAACCGGCCUGGCAUGAAGAAGGUGGAAAACGAGAUCUGGCAGAUGUUCUUUGAGGGCCGCUACCUCAUCCUCCUAAUGGGUGCCUUCUCUGUCUACACCGGUUUCAUCUACAAUGAGUGCUUCAGCAAGGCAAUGACCAUCUUCCCAUCUGCUUGGAGUGUGGCUGCUAUGGCCAACAACUCGGACUGGAGCUGGGAGUAUAUCACAGAAAGCCUUGCCCUGAACCUGGACCCCAAUGUCACCGGUGUCUUUAACGGUCCCUACCCUUUUGGGAUAGAUCCGAUCUGGAGUCUGGCUGUUAACCACCUCACCUUCCUGAACUCCUUCAAAAUGAAGAUGUCUGUGAUUUUGGGCAUUUUUCACAUGAGCUUUGGAGUGUUUCUUGGCAUCUUCAAUCACGUCCAUUUCAAGCAAAGAUACAAGAUCCUGUUGGUUUUCCUUCCAGAGAUCACUUUCCUUCUGGUGCUUUUUGGCUACCUUGUAAUCCUGAUAUUUUACAAAUGGCUUAUGUAUGAUGUUUCUAAUUCCAAGUGGGCCCCCAGCAUUCUCAUCCACUUCAUUAGCAUGUUCCUGUUUUCAGAGAAUGCUGGAAAUUCUCCACUCUUUGAAUACCAGAAAAUAGUGCAGAUGGUAUUGAUGUUGGUGGCUCUGGUCUCUGUGCCCAUCCUGCUGCUGGGGACGCCCUUGUAUCUCUGGCACAAACAUCGCCGGACAGUUCCUCAGUCUCGGCACAAUCCUUCCACAGCAGGAGAGCGGCAGCCUCUGCUGAACUCACAAGAACCAAAGAGAUCUGUGAACGUUGCUGAAGAUGACCUGGAUCACAUGGAAACCAACCAGGAGGAGGAGGAGGAGUUUGACUUCGGUGAAGUGUUUAUGCAUCAAGCAAUCCACACUAUUGAGUACUGCCUGGGCUGCAUCUCGAACACGGCCUCUUAUCUGCGUCUCUGGGCUCUCAGCUUGGCCCAUGCACAGCUCUCAGAGGUCCUGUGGACCAUGGUGAUGAUGAAUGGCUUUCAGAUGAUGGGCUACCAAGGCGGGGUUGUCCUUGUACCUGUCUUUGCUUUCUUCGCAGUAUUGACUGUGGCAAUCUUGCUGGUGAUGGAGGGACUUUCAGCUUUCCUGCACGCCCUUCGUCUGCAUUGGGUGGAAUUCCAGAACAAAUUCUAUACAGGUGCUGGGUACCAGUUCAGCCCCUUCAUCUUCACCAGCAACAUUUGGAUCUAAGAGGAAAAGUGACUGCUUCUCUCCAGAGAGGGACUGUAUAGUGUGCCAUCCUGAGCCAAUGGGCAAAGCAAUCAGCUUAUGUUGCAUUUUUUUUUAACUGACUCUUGCUUCUCCCUUUCUACCGGUUGUGACUCCCAUCCAGGCAGAGCAUGCGCUAGCCUUUAACUGCCUGUUGCAAUUAAACCGGGAUCCUGUGCUGACUCACACAUGAAAUAUCAGCAUUUAGAUGGACAUUUUGGAACAGAAGGAAUGAUUUUCCAUAUCUUUGUUUUGAACCAUGCCACAUUGUCUCCAGAUCUUUUGAUCUAGGUGAUUUGCUACUCAAAUAAUCUUCUUAUGUAUACCUCUGUAACCUGAGAGCUCUGGUGGGAAGGAAUGGUAAGGGCCUUAAGGAAAAUUAGAAUAUAGGUAAUGCGACUGGGGAAGGCAAUGGCAAACGACCCCACUAUAGUCUGCCAAGAAAACGUCGCGAAAGCAGCUUCCCUCCAAAGGGUCAGGCGUGACUCGGUGGUUGCACAGGGGACCUUUCACCUUUCAAUACCAAAGUGUGGUCCAACAGGACUACCACGUCCAUUUGUGCUACUCACCUGUGUAUAAAGGGAGUGGUUUACUUACUCACAUCAUCUGACAAGAGACCUGGCCUGGGCACUUCUUUAACUACCUUCUGCCAUCUGCAGAUCUACACUAGAGUUUUAUUGGGUGUUAAUGUCCAGGUCAGACUGAAAAAGCUUUUUCUCAUAACAAAGAACUCAGGUUAAUGCUGCACCUGCCUAAACGUGGGGUAGAGGCACCGGUGAGAUCCAAGUCCUCAGGGCAGGCUUGAUCUAAAGCAAAGCCGUUGACGUGUUGGAGGUUUAUACAGUGAAGGGGAUUGAGGUGACUGUGGCUGUCCUUUCCACCUUCUGAGCUCAGCUUACUGGCUAUCAGCAAAAUGCAUCAGUGGAACAUGGACCAGAGAGAAGCAAAUGAAAACAGCACCUCUCUCAUGUAGGCCAAAGUGGCAAGCUUAACUGCCAAAUACAAGAGAGGGGUUCUUGGCAUGAAGCGUACUGCAAGCUUCCUUCACAUUGAAGGCAGGGAGGCCUCAGGAAGGCAUCAAAAGCUUGUCUGACUCUGUCAUAUCCUCCGGUUGAGAGAAUGAUAGUGCGUUCAAUAGGCCAUGUAGAAUUCUGUGCUAAAGACAUUGAAAUCCUUAUCCAUGUAGCACUAACUCAGCAAUAAAAAUAAAACUCACUUCAUUUUAA